AUGUCCACUGUGAGUUCCUCUAUCAGACUGAGUUCUUCUGGAGAUGGCACAGAUAAUAGCAGUUCCAGUAUGCACCUCAAGAAAGCUAAAGCAGGCAAAACUGUGAAAUCCCGUUACAUGGCAUAUGAUGGCAAAACGCUUAGAAAGGCGAGUAGUUCUUCUGUUAUAGUGAAACAGUCUCCUCUUGUAAGUACAGCUUUGGAUUCAACAAUGAAAUUGCCUGACAGGGGAAGAUCACCUGGAAGAAAAUCAAUGGCACCACAGAAAUUUAAAGUACCAACAAGUGGUCAGAAAAGUUAUUUGGAUACUACAACAUGUGUCUUGCAAUCCACUUUAAUGGAAGGACAUCGAAUUGACCCACAGUGUGAUCUGUCUGCUAUCUAUGCUGAAAACUCUUCUGUUGCCAAGAUAGAUACAAGUGUUCCUAAAAUAGAACCAAUUACACCAACCAGCACAGUUUCUGAAGAUGUGUUGGACCAGAUGGAGUCACAGACACUUCUGUUAUAUUUCCUGACAUUACAGACUGAAAAACAUAAUUCUAAAUUAGAAGAAGAAGCAGAAAGAAGUUUACUAAUUGCCACAGAAGAAAAACAAAAACUUCAGCAGCAGUUAAACUAUCUUAGACGUAAUGUUUUGAUUCGAAGAACAGAAGAGGAACAACUUGAAUUUCUUGAAAAACAAAUUGAAGUACUGGAACCCUCAGCUGCUGGGCUUGUAAAUUUUAAGAAAGAGUAUAAAACAUUUGCUUCAGCACUUGAUACAACAAGACACGAAUUGCCAAUCAAAAAUUUUUACAUUAAAGGAGACAAACAAGUGUUCCUUGAUGAGAUUCAGCACCAUCUUCUGGGAUCAAAAAUCUUCUUAGAUAAAGUUACCACCAAACAGUCAGAAAAUGCAGAAGUUUCCAAUUUAAUGAAGAAGCUUCAAGAGGUUAUCUUGGAAAUGGAUGUAGAACUUAAAAGAACCAUUCCAGACAUCUUAGAAAUUUCUUCCGAUGUCAGCAAAGAUGUUGCUCUGCAUAGUCAAGCACUUUAUGAACAGACACAUGAUAUGGGAACUGUUAAAAAUUGGUACUUUAAAUAAUCCUUUUGACAUCACAAGGGACCACUCAAAAUAGAGCUGUUAAAAUAUUCUGUGCAUCUUUUUCAAUUCUGAAAAAAAAUGGUGCUAAAUUUUGAUCAAAAGCCUCUAUUUAUGAAAGCACUCUGUAUUACUAAAAAAUGAAUUUUGCUUGAAACCAC